CAAUUGUCAUUUUACAGACAUCGAAAACUUAUGUAUAGGUCUUGUCAUGUAUUGAUUUUAAUAUUUAUAAACAGAUUUUGGUGCUAUUCGGAAUAAAAAUUUAAACGGUUUCGGUUACAUUUAAUAUAUGCCAUGUCUGAAGUGAGGAAACGUAAAGAUUCUGAUCCCAAGCCUUUGGAAAGUGCAGAAAGUGAUCAUAUAGACAGUGAAGAUGACAAGUUGGAACUCAAGACGCAAAUGGAUUUAUCCCAUACGAUCCCAUCAGGUACAGAUAAGGCCCCAACCACCCUAGAAUGGGUGAUGCAAGAUUUGCCGGACAAAUGGAAGAAUUGGAUAGUGCGCUUCGUUUUCACACUCAUAAUGAUUGUGUUCUUCGGUCUUGUGAUAUACGGUGGACCUUUGGCGCUGAUGAUUACUACAUUAGUGGUUCAAGUGAAAUGCUUUCAAGAGAUUAUCAACAUUGGAUAUGCUGUAUACAGAAUACAUGGUCUUCCUUGGUUCCGAUCGCUGUCCUGGUAUUUUCUGCUCACAUCGAAUUACUUUUUCUACGGAGAAAAUCUAGUCGAUUAUUUCGGUGUGGCUAUUAAUAGGACGGAUUUAUUGCGUUGGUUGGUUACAUACCACCGAUUCAUCUCCUUCUGCCUGUAUUGUGGAGGGUUCGUCUGGUUUGUCCUCAGUCUGGUAAAAAAGUACUACAUGAAGCAAUUCUCCCUGUUUGCUUGGACACAUGUAGCUCUAUUGAUUGUGGUAACGCAGUCCUAUCUGAUCAUAAAAAAUAUUUUCGAGGGACUGAUCUGGUUCAUUGUACCUGUAUCCAUGAUUAUAUGCAACGACAUUAUGGCAUACGUUUUCGGAUUUUUCUUCGGAAAAACUCCACUCAUCAAAUUAUCACCCAAAAAAACUUGGGAGGGAUUCAUUGGAGGUGGUUUCUCAACAGUGGUUUUUGGAUGUUUGAUUUCGUACUUUAUGUGCCAGUUUCCUUACUUCGUGUGUCCAAUUGAAUACAGUCAAAGUUUAGGACGAAUGACUAUGGACUGUGAGGUCAGUGUUUUAUUCAAACCUGCAGAGUACAAUCUUCCUAGUUGCUUUUCCGGACUCAAUUUGAUCGGUAUUCCUACAACUAUAACAGCAUAUCCAUUUGUACUCCAUUCCCUUUCACUUUCGCUCUUCAGUAGUGUUAUUGGACCUUUUGGAGGGUUUUUCGCUUCAGGAUUUAAGAGAGCUUUCAAAAUAAAGGAUUUUGGAGAUGUUAUCCCAGGACAUGGGGGUAUUAUGGAUCGAUUUGAUUGCCAGUUUUUGAUGGCAACUUUUGUGAAUGUUUAUAUAAGUAGUUUCAUACAAACUGACAGUCCUCAGAAACUUCUUGCACAGGUAUUAUAUCUUAAACCCGAACAACAACUUCAGCUAUUCAAUAUGUUGAGGGAAUCUUUGGAAAAUCGUAGCAUCUUAGAUCCACUUCCUAUAACUGAUUAGAUUUAUUCAUUUCGUGUAUGCUUAUUUAUUAUACUACCGAUAAAUAUAAGGAAUGACAUAUUUUACCGGCCAUUUAUAUAUGUUGAUUUUUUUAAUGUCAAAAGAAAAAAAAGGUUACAUCAUUUGAAUUCAAAAUAUAUUGUUACCUGUGGAUAUAUUUAUGAAAUAUGCGAUUAUCAUAUUUUAAUUCGAACGAUGUAUUUUAUAAUCUUUCUUUUUGAAUUAGAUGGAAAAAAUUAUUAUCAUUCCGUUAAUUUAAUUUUUCAACAGCAUUCCUGAAAUGUAUAUAUUGAGUUAUUAGUGUUUGACUAUGUGAAUAUAGAUGAAUAUUCAAUGGAUUUUGAAUACAAAUAUUGAUCGGUUAUUUCAGAUAAAUGUCAUUUUAUGUAUACUGCAGCUAUACAUUAGGUGAAGAUCGAAAAAAGUAAACUGUUCGUUAAUAGAAUAUAAUUGUUUAAUGUUUUAGAUGUUGUGUUGCACAUUUCGUAAAAUUAUGCAAAUGAAAUAGGUGUUGUGCAAUAUGUGCAUAUAUUAUAUAAUUUUUGUUCAAUACUAAAUGUUAAGUUUGAUUAUUAUUUAUUUUGUUUUGUAUAUAUUGAAUUAGAGUUUUAUGGUUGAAUAGACUUAUAUUUAAUUUAAUAAUGACAUUUCCAUGGUGAAUGUGAUGAAUAUAAAUUCAUGAAUUUAAAUUUCAAUAUUCGAAAGUUAUAGAGUUCCAGAAGUGUCAUCGAAACCAAAAUUUGGUUUUGUGUUUUUAAUACUUUCGAGCCAAAGUGCAAUGCGAAUAUUGAUUAGAAGGUACAUUUGCUAUGAAUUUAAAACCUAAAUUGAAAAAAAAACUUGACUUUCAAUAAUAUUGAUUUAAAGUCAAGAUGAAAAUCAUUUCAAAUAAGUUGAUGCAUUCAAAUUAUUUCAAAUGAUUCAUAUGCAGUUUAUACUGCUCGGAAAAAAAUUUAAUAUUAAAAAUGUAAAGCAAGAGGUAAUAUUUACCAUCCUUUUUUCUUUAUUCUUAUUCCUCCACAUUAUAGUUAAUAUGGUAGGUAAUUCAUACUCAAAUAUCACAUUCUCAUAGUUACCAUUCAAAUAGCUAUUAAUAUUACGAUAGAUCAGACUGAAUUUAUGACUUUUUCUCAUUCUUCUUGAGUUUUCAUCACCAUUACAAAUAAAGAGUUAUUUACCAAAGAUAGGUGGUUGAACAUAAAUUAGAAACAAUGGCAUUACUGCAUUUAAAUGUAUUCAUAUUUUAAGCAUAUAAAUAUAUAAUUACAGUAUUUUCAAAAGGAUUCACACUGAUCCAUCUAUUUCGAUUUAUUUCAUUUUGAAAUAUAUUUUUAUUCUUAUGAAUUUUUCUAUUUUUAGUAGUAAUAAAAAAAUCAAUAAUGAGGAUCACAUACCUUCUGUUUGUAAUUAAUGUAUAUUUGUUGCCUUUUCUUACCUUUAAAUAAUAUUUUAUAGAAUAUAAUAUAUACAUAUAUAAAAAUAUUUAAUUAGAUGGUCCAUCAUGGUAAUUAAUGUUGAUUGAAAUUCCUUCAGUAUUCCAUGUUAAAUUUGCAUUUCUUUAGAAUUUAAUGUAAGACUAUAGAGCUGUUGAGGAAUGUUGUAGAAAAUCUCAACUUACAAGUAAAAUGUUAAUAUAUUAUUUGAUGUA